AUGCGCCGCGCGUCGUCGUCGUCGUCGCGCCGUCCCCCCGGCGGCGGGCGGGGACGACGAGGAGGCGACGUGGACAUGGUCGCGGCGGCCGUGGCGCUGCAGGAUCACCUCGCGCGGUCGCUCAAGAUGGGCGCGCCGCGCGUGCGGCCGACCGCGCCGCGGCGUCGCGACGACGUUCUACUAGACGUCUCGUCGUCGUCGGGACGUCUUCCCCCCCGCGCCCGUCGCGAGAACGCGGACCCGAACGCGUCGCGCGCCGCCGCCGCCGCCGUCGGGCGCGACGACGGAUGGCGCGCGACGCGAGACGCCGCCGCCGCGAAGCCGUGGACGAACGACGAGGACGACGCGAGCGCGACGCAGGCGAUGCCUCGUCGGCGCCGUCGCCCGACCCUCGCGGAGCGCGCGGGAUUCGUCCCCGCGCCGCCUCCGCCGCUGACGGAGGCGGAGUGGGCUCGCGCGCACGCGACGUCGAAGAAACGCGCGGAGUAUCCGCAGUGCGAGGCGUCGUGCGCGAUAUGCCUCUCCGCGUUCGGCGGCGCGAGUCAGGUGUUGCUGCCGUGCGCGCACAUCUUCCACGAGCGGUGUUUCGAAUCUUUCGAGCGGUUCGCCGGCGAUUCGUCGGCGUCGUACCAUCGGUGUUGUCCCAUCUGCCGCGCGAGCGCGCACGAAAAGCGGCGCAUUCGCGACGGCGCGGCGUCCUGGCGUCGCCGCGCGGCGAUCAAGAUCCAGACCGCGUGGCGGCGGCGCCGGUGCGUGCGAUGGUACGCGAGGGUGCGCGCGUCGAUCCCUCCGAGCGAUCCGAUCGCGAAGAGGGCGUGGUUCGCGGACAAAGUGCGCGACGUCGUGCGGGAGGACGUCCGCGCGAUGCGAGACGUCAGGAGAGACGCGGAGAAGCUGUUCGAGGCGAUCGCGGCGAGGAAGGGCGAGGCGUACGUCGCGCCGUCGUACCUUCUCGACGGCAGCGACAGCGACGAAGUUGCAGGAGACGACGACGACGGGGACGGGGACGACGCGCAGCUGUACUCCGACGUGCAGCUGUCGCUCGCGUUUGAACACGCCGCGCGCGAGGAAGCCGCGGAGGACGCGGCGGCGGGCGACGACGGCGUGGAUUGGGCCGCGGUGGAGAGAACGACGAGCGAUCGUGCGCAGGCGGACUGCCCGAUAUGCUUCGCGGCGCUGCGACGGAGUCGAGAAGAAGACGACGCCGGCGACGGCGGCGACGCGCGGCAUCGCGUCGACGCCGCGCCGCUCGCGCUUCUCGACUGCUCGCACUGUUUCCACAUGAAGUGUCUCCGAGCGUUCGAGGCGUACAACAGCGCGGUCGGGCGCGCGCGGACGUGCCCGAUUUGCCGCGGCGAGUACAAGCGUCGCGCGGUCGCGUAG